AUGGCCGAGGCUGACGACAGCCCUCAGCGGCCCGAGUCCAACACGAACAACCAGACCACCCAGUGCCCAACGGCCGAGCGUCCUGUGACAGAAAAGACGGAAGCUACGGUCCAGGAAGAAACCAAGACCCAGGAUGCAGCGGACGGGAAAGCCAGAGACUCUUCCGAAGAUUCGACCAAAGACGAAGAACACAUCGAAUUCGACAAGUGGGUUAAGUCGUUCGCGGUUGACCCCGACUCUGCUUGGAAGCAAAUGCAGGUUAAAUUUGAAGCCUUGAUGGCCACCGACAGUGAUGGUUACAUGACACAAGACAUUCAAGAAGAUGAGGAGGACGCCGAGGUUGCAGAUGAAACUCCCACGGAUUCAAGAGCCACCGAAUGCGAGUCGCCAGACGCCCAACAAGGCAUCCCAGAUCACGAAGAAAACUGCGAGUGCUGCGAAUGCGAGUCGCCAGGUUUGCCAGAAGACUACCCAAAAGACCUCCUUGAGCAAGCGAAGAAACUAUGUCAAGGCGAGUCGUAA